CCCCCCAUUGCCCCCCAGGUCCUGGUGUCGCUGCAGGCAGAGGCCAGCGCGGGGGGGGCCGCUGCCCCCCAACCCAUGGAGGAGCCGGUGGGGGGGGAUGAGCAGAGCAGCCCGGGGGGGCUGCGGCAUCGCCUGCUCCCCACGGACAGCGCCCCCGAUGCCGAGCCCGGGCCGGGCCGGCUCCAGCUCUCGCUCUGGUACCACGGGGAUGGGCACAAGCUCGUGGCCAUCGUCCACGCCUGCAGGAGCCUGCGGCCGGUGGGGAAGGAGCCCCCCGACCCCUUCGUGUCCCUGCUGCUGCUCCCGGAGCGCGGCCGCGGCGCCAAGAGGAAAACGAGCGCCCAGAGGAGGACCCUGGACCCCGACUUCAACGAGAGGUUCGAGUGGGACCUGUCCCUGGAGGACGCCUCCCGCCGCACGCUCGAGGCUCAGGUCAAAUCCUGCCCAUCCUUCAUGGCCCGGGACAAGGAGGUGCUGGGCAAGCUCUAUCUGGACCUGUCCCAAGUGGAUCUCUCUGAGGGGAGGCCCCAUUGGUACAACCUCCAGGAUGCUCGGAGCGGCCCCUAAAGCCCCCCCACACCCCCCAGAUCCCGCUGUGCCUGGGGGGCAGCAGGAACAGGGGCCUGGACCCCCCCACAUUGUCCUGCUGCCCCCCCCCCACUGCCUGCACUGCACUGACCAAAGAUGCGCCGGGGGGGUCAGGAUGAGCCCCCCUCC